AUGGGAAGUUGGAUAGGUCAUAUUGCACCAGGUAUAUUUUUUAUUAUUUUUGCUUUUUGGUGGCAUAUCCAUAAUUGUGCACGUUAUAUAAGAUCACUUGCUCAUGAAAGAGAUGAAAAAACAAAACGAGAAAAAUAUAAAUUUCAAGGUUCAACAACUUAUCCUUGUUAUUGUUUGCCUGGUAAGAUCUUUCAUCGUUUGCCUAUUGAAAGUAUUGUAAAAAUUCUUAUUACAUCAAUUCAUUUUUCCAUCGAAAUUAUUACUGGUUAUAAUAGUCAACCAAGACCUCAUCUUGGUGAUGAAAAUGCUCAUCAUACAGCUAUGCUUUUUGGAUUUUUUCUUGGUUCAUGGAUUGAAAUUUUAGUUCAUUAUAAAGUUCCAUUACCAAAACGUAUCAAUCAAGUUAUGGGAUUUUUAGCUUUUGCUAUUGAAGGUCUUAUGAUGGUAUUUCAUUUACAUGCACGAACUAUGGUAGAUGCACAUAUACAUCAAUUACUUGGUUUAACAAUAGUUUGUUCAAUGAUUGGUGCUAUUGGAGAAUCAUUUGAUCCAAAUAAUUUUUGGUUUAUUGUAGCACGAAGUUUUUUUGCUUUAACACAAGGUACAUGGUUUCUUCAAGCAUCAUUUGUUAUUUGGCCUAAAACAACAAAUUCAUAUUUUAUUUGGGAUCUUGAUUCACAUCGAUCUGUUUCAAUAUUAACAAUGUCUUAUGCUUAUCAUUUAGCUGGAAAUGCAUUUUUACUUAUUGUUGUAUAUUUAUUAAUUCAUAUGUUUGUAUCAUCUACAAUUAAAUUAAAUCAUAAUCAAAUUGAAAAUGAUGAAUCUAUUGAUGGAUACAAAUUAAUUGUUAAUGGAAAUGAUGAAGACAAUGGACUUUAA